UUGACAACUCCUCCGCCAGAGAAGGCUCUAAUGUCGACUAAACGAAAGAAACUUCAAAGUAGCUCGACAAGUUUUGUUUAAAAGUGUCGGACCAAACGUUACUCUUGUCCGUGUAAUGUAAACCUUUGUCUUCCGACGGGAGCGGGAAGUACGGCUAGUUUGGGCCCGUCCAGUUAACGUUGGGCUGCUAGUUGGGAGGUCCACCAAACUGUACCAUGCAUAUGCUAGCGUCAAACGGAACCAUAAUGGACUUGGAUUCGGAGUUGGUGAAAAUGAAAGCACACUACAGCGGGGACAUGCUGAUCACAGACUUGGCAGCCACGGUAACCUUUGUGGAGUUGUGUGAGGAGGUGAGAACAAUGUGCAGCGUUGCCAAGCAGCAGCCCAUCACGCUCAAGUGGAUCGAUGAUGAAGGGGACCCUUGCACCAUCUCAUCACAGAUGGAGCUGGAGGAGGCAUUUCGCAUUUACAAUCGGACUAAGAGGUCUGGGCUGCUGCUGCAUGUGUUCCCAAGUAUCCCGGAGAGGCCUGGCAUGCCCUGCCCAGGAGAGGACAAAUCGAUCUAUCGCCGCGGGGCCAGAAGAUGGAGGAAACUCUACCGAGUCAACGGACACCUCUUCCAGGCCAAGCGCUUUAACAGGAAAGCCUACUGUGGCCACUGUAGUGAAAGGAUAUGGGGGCUGGGCAGGCAGGGCUACAAGUGUAUCAACUGCAAACUGCUGGUCCAUAAGCGCUGUCACAGACUCAUCCCUCAGACCUGCCAAAGGCUUAUGGAUCCAGUCAUGCCAUCACAGGAGCCCCCGUCAGAUGCCAAGAGCGAAGAGGUGGACCUUCCACCAGAUGAUACAGAGGACACGGACGGGAUACCAUUUUUACCGCACAACUGUACAGUGGAUAAAACCGAGGAUGCAGAUACAGAGGACAUCAAAACAGUAGUGGACGGCAUCGAUGGCAUUAAGCUGUCCCAGGGCCUAACUCUCGGGCUGGGUGACUUCGACCUGAUCCGGGUGAUCGGGCGCGGCAGCUACGCCAAGGUCCUGCUGGUUCGGCUAAAGAAGAACGAACAGGUGUAUGCCAUGAAGGUGGUGAAGAAGGAGCUGGUCCAUGACGAUGAGGAUAUCGACUGGGUGCAGACGGAGAAGCAUGUGUUUGAGCAGGCGUCCACCAAUCCAUUCUUAGUAGGCCUCCACUCCUGUUUCCAGACAGAAAGUCGGUUAUUUCUGGUGAUCGAAUAUGUGAACGGUGGGGACUUGAUGUUUCAUAUGCAACGACAAAGGAAGCUCCCUGAGGAACAUGCAAGAUUUUAUGCUGCUGAAAUCUGUAUUGCUCUGAACUUCCUGCAUGAAAAGGGCAUCAUAUACCGUGAUCUGAAGCUGGACAAUGUUCUCUUGGACCAUGAAGGACACAUUAAGCUCACAGACUACGGCAUGUGCAAGGAGGGGAUUAGACCGGGUGACACCACUAGUACUUUCUGUGGAACACCCAACUACAUUGCACCUGAGAUCCUUAGAGGAGAGGACUAUGGCUUCAGUGUGGACUGGUGGGCUCUGGGUGUGCUGAUGUUUGAGAUGAUGGCUGGGAGGUCCCCAUUUGACAUUAUCACCGACAAUCCUGACAUGAACACAGAGGAGUACCUCUUUCAAGUUAUUCUCGAGAAGCCCAUUCGCAUCCCAAGGUCUCUGUCGGUGAAAGCUGCCAGUGUGCUCAAGGGCUUUCUAAACAAGGAUCCUAAGGAGCGGCUGGGUUGCCAGGUCCAGACGGGCUUCACAGAUAUCAAGUCACACACAUUUUUCCGCAGUAUAGACUGGGACCAGCUGGAGAAGAAAGAGGUGACGCCACCCUUCAAACCUCAAAUCUCUGACGACUAUGGCCUCGAAAACUUUGACACGCAGUUUACUAAUGAACCAGUGCAGCUAACACCCGAUGAUGAGGACGUCAUCAAGAGAAUAGACCAGUCAGAGUUUGAGGGAUUUGAAUACAUCAACCCCCUGCUGCUAUCCACAGAAGAGUCUGUAUGAAGGAGAGACCAGCUUCCUCCUUCGCCCACCUACUGUUUGUCCAAGCUGCCGUCUCAGCCAAAAACCACUCGCAAGCCAACUCUGAAAGGCGAGGAGGAGGAGGAGGAGGAAGAGUAAAGGACAACAGGGAGGCCGAACUCACCUUCUGGACCUGUCGACAAGGCAAAAGCAAACAGGAGAAUGGGAGAGUUUCCUUCCUGGACGAUUCAGACUGUUUUGUUGGGGUACCAAACUCUUCUUUGUUGGUAUCUACAAGGAAAACAAAGACACUGGACUUCAAGAACAUUCCCUGUCGUCACGUUGUCUUCCCCUUUUCUUUUUCUCCUUUGGCUUCAUUCCUUUCUCCCCUCAGAAUGUCCAUCCUCGUGUCAAAGUGCAGCUUUGACAUUUGAACAGAGAGCUGUUUCAUUCUGUGCCUGCCACCACGAACACAUUUCAGCCCGUCUCACAUCCCUGGAUGAAUAUGACAGUUCUGCUGAAGAAUUUUACGUGCACUUUUUCUUUUCUUUUUUUAAUUUCUUUUUCUAUCUUGUAGGGGGGCCAACGCCUCACACGAAACAAGAAUGUACAAUGACAAAGGAAAAGAAUAAGUUAUUAUUGUGUAUUAUAAUGUAGGUAGUGAAUCCAAAAUUGACGAUGCCUUUUUAUCAAUGCAAGUGGCACAUUUUCAUCUGUACCCACAAACUUUUCCUUUUAUCUUUUAUGAUUUUCACAAACAACGGGGGGAGCUCUAACUGGGAGACGACUUUUUAUUUAAGAAGUGCCUCAAAGAUCGUAUUAAGUACCAUGUCUCUGAUUGCACUUAUCUCUUAUUGAACAUUUGUCUUCACCAAUCAUGACCAAUUGGAACCGCGGCUAGACUGCCAGGGUUGGUCCAAACCAUUCACAUUUUUAGGGGAAUCAAUGUUUUUGGAGUACGGUAGCUUGUGUCAGUCCUGAGUAUUUAUGACUGGUCUAUAGAUUGACAAGAGUAGCAUCUAGCAUCAAAAUGGCAACAACUGGUGGGGUAAAGCUAGGUGUGUAGAUAUUGAAUAGUGAAGAUUGUGUCCUGCUUACCAAGAGUUUUCCCAAUGCCAAACUGUCCUUCAGAAAUGUUACUGAUGGGUGUUGUGCAGCAUCCAUACAGUCCUGUAUUUGUGAUGAAACCCAGCAUAAAGGCGUAUAAAGACCACAGUAUACUCGCUGCCAAUCACAGUCUGGCAGCUCCAGAAACACAUUAUAUCAGGACUUCAGCUGAAAAACAAAAGCAGUUCAUUGGCUCCGGCCUCGGCAGUGUGUACAGGCUUGCUGGCCGAGCACAGAUUCUUCCACACCAGCUGCCACUGCGUGACCAUCUGCAGCCGGUCGAAAAGAUCACAUGACCGGUUGGUUGUGCUGUCUUGUGGAAACGUGUCUCCAUUUCCAUUUUGGGCUCGUUGUGGGUUUCCAUCUCCGCACCAAGGCUGGCUUUACACGAUGUGCAACCUGAACGCAGCUCGGUCCUGUGUUAAAGUCUAAAUGAAAUUAUAAUCUGUUCUUGCAGUUAAAAAUCCUGCUAGAAUGAUAUUCAGAUUUAUUGUUAAUAUUGUUUUAGAGCUGUACAACUAAUCAACAUAUUAUGGAAAUUGUCCAAGUGCAAUAUCACAGAAGCUGCAGUUUGUAAAAUGUUUGACAAACAGCAUUCUAAUGAAGUACUGUACUCCACAGCUUGUUUCUCCAGAUGUACGAAAACAUGUUUGUUUGGUACAAACCCCAACACAUGUCACAUCAUGAUUUUAAUCGUUUUUUGAUUUAUUGUAAGAUGUUUUUGGGGCUUUCUAUGCCUUUAUUUGGUAGGACAGGUUAAGAUAGACAGGAAGGGGGUAUAGUAUAGUAUACUAUUUACCUUUGAAAUGACAGGGUUGAUGCUGGAUGAUCAUGUUUUCUGACUGAUGAUUUUUCAGAGAACAGGGAGCACUACUGUUUCAUUUUACUCAAAAAAGUUGACAAAACCAUUUUCAAGUCAUUUUUCAUAAGUUGGGAUGAACAUCAUGGUAAUUUGGCAAACUAAAGACUCUGAAGCAGACUGUAAUAUUAAAUAUUGAGGAGAGACUGGGGCAAGGUCAAGACGACUAGUUGGACCAACUUUAAUAAAUGAAGCAUUUGAGUUACAUCAGAUCGGACCUGAUUAAAUACAGCAAGAUUUUAGAGAAUUGCUGUGAAAACUGAGUUGCAUCAACUGCAAAAGUCAAUUUUUACUAGUAUUCAGAUACCAGUAUCGAACCACUAGGCGAGCCACCAUGCACCCUGAUUCCAAUUGUUUUUUUCAGUGAAAAUGAAAAUUGUGAUGUAAAAAUUCUCACUCCUACUAAUCAUGAAUCAUAUUGCAAUCAUAAUAUGUCAAACUAAUCACAGUAUGAUUUGUUUUUACCAUACUGUGCACCCCUUUAUUGUUUUAUUUGUAAAAGGAAUUAAAGAAGGUGUUCAGAGAUCCAUCUGAAUUGCUCUGCUAGCCUCUGAGCGGGCAGGCCAGCGUGUUUGUGUGAUGGACAGCAGAGACACAGAGACACAAUGGAAACACAUGCACAGGAGAUUGUAGUGUACGAGCAAAGGACAGACAGCAUAUUGUUAGUGGUGCUGAAGAACUGUUAGGGGACAUGUUCAUUCCAGAGCAGAUAUGCAGUUUAAUAUCAGGACGGGUCAUCGCAGUCAGACAUUUUGUUUUUGUUUGAACAUGGAGAGUAACACAGUGCUUCUCUUCUGAUUUUAACGCUGCUACUUUAAACAUUUGUUCUAUGUGACACAGUUGUAAAUGUGACCCAUUCAACUAAAUACAUCAUUUAACCUUUUUUGUUCCGUGGACAGUUUUCACAUUAGGUGUGCUGUUUUGCGGUUGACCCGUGUCUCCCUCUACGUACUGGUCCCUGAACUAGCCAGGUAAAUGCCCCUAGGUCCGGGAAAAAGCUCUAAUAACACUACCUGCCAAAUUGUCCUGUGCUUGUACAGCAGGGGCGUUUCCAGAGAGGGGGGACCCAUUAUCCUUCCCUCUUUCACUCGCACUGUCUUUCAGACGCUGUAGUGGGCUCAGCUUUAAAGCUAGAGUGAAGAUACUGGUAUAUGAAACUAGAUGACCUGACGCAUCCAUCGCUACAAAAUACUAAAUAACGCUCAAAAGUUAGGCUAAAUUUUGGCCAUGGAAAAACAGGCAUGGAAUUUUUUCAAUGAGGUCCCAUGAACUCUGAAGUCAGGAUAUCUACAAUGGGUUCUAUGGGUCAGUGCCCCAUUUGUCCCUAAUUUUGGACUGAGCAAAAUGCAUCCGUAGCAUUGACUAUUGAAGAAAGUAAAAUUUAGCACCAAAUGUGACGAUCAACUAUCUUUCCUGUUCUCUGAUUAGUUGUUUUCUUUUGGACCCGGUGGAUUCUUGCAAAUCCCAUUAGGAGCACUAGGAGGAGCCAGAGGAACCUGAUUGUUUCACAGUUUAUCCGUCUCAUGUUCUACUGUCAGGAUGUAGUGAAAGUUUCAGUGAAUAUGACAAAAAGUUAUUUCAUAAAAGUCACUGCAGCUUUAAAAUGUCUUAAAUAUGAUUUUGACAGGUCUUCAAAAUUGCUAUGUUAAAUGUUAAAAAGUUAACAUUACUUGCAUUUUUCAGUCUCCAACUACAACAACGAAACUGUCAUGGAACCAAUACUGAUUUUCCUUUAUAUCCUUCGUACUUUUUUUUGCCAGUGUAGACGUGAAAUAGGUCUUAAAUUCCAUUCAUAAUGGUCUUUAAAGCUGUUAACCUUUUGAACCCAGCAGAAACCCUGCUAAAGCAUUGGCAAGAAAUAGUUUUUUACAAUUUCAGUUAAUAGCCAGUCCUAAUCAGGAGUUGUGUUUGUGUCACUUGAAUGUUCUGAUGAGUUUAACCUGCAGUUGCUCAGUGUAAAGCCAGCCCAACACACGGUGGUCAGCUCCCUCACAGCGGUGAUUCGGAGGCUCAGCUUGCCACGCUGUCAGCUCAUCUCCGCAGCGCUACGAUCCAUCGAAGGGAUACCAGAUCCUAAUUUGCAUUUCCCCAGCCGCUGGUGCAGUGUGUGCACAAACAAUAAGAAGCCAUGUUUAUUUGUAUACAGUAACGUUUUAGGCCGUUUUUAGUUCAUGCAACUUUAACUUCAUACACUGCCACCUUUAUACACAGCAAGCAACAUAUUUUUAACUAAAUUUAAGAGCCUUGCUGUUCAAAGGCUGGGAUAGAAUCAAACACAUACACAACACAUCUGAAUAUCAACUACGAGCACAGUUUAAAGUCACAGACAGAAAGAACUCCUCGCCUCCAAAAUGAGCUCUGUGUUGAUCUCUGCGUCUCCGUGCUGCUGAGAAGCUCUCCACUGGCUGAGAUUUAUUUGAUGAAAUCUGACCCGUGCUAAUUUGAUAAGCACAUAAUAGGAUUAAUUAGCUGAUCCUGAGUCAAAGGGUCUCAAUUAGCUGCAGGGCCUUUAGAAGCAGGGAGGAAACAGAUAAAGAGAGGAGAGAUAAUGAAGCAGUUCCACGGUCACUGAUUAGCCCUCCACAAUGAACACACACACACACACGCGCACACACAACGAAAUCGUAGAAAUCACUUCAACGUUCGGGGAAGCUUUAUCCUCCCCAACUCCAUCUCAUUUUCUGCAUUUUUAUAAUGUCAUGUUUUGUUGAUCUAUUUGCACUCCAGGUGAAACAUUAGUGGCAUUUUUAUUUUCUUGAGGGACCAAUGGAUGAACUGGGAGUCCUUGAACCACAUUGCACAGCAGUGAAGGCCAUUGAGACAUCUAAAGGAAAGAGAAUCUCCAUCUAAAAAUUAAUGAACUUACUCCACACAUUUUUUUUCUAACAUAAUGCUGGUUGGAUAUGCUUCAUUUUGCUUCAUCGCAUCUGUGUAAAUAUGUGUAAUUAUUAAAAAUGAUACUGGUUUUCCGUGA